AUGGAUGGUGGACAAUGGACUCCAGCAAAUAGAGCACACUACAACUUAAGGGACACAAUUGCACGUUGCACCGUCCAAGUGUAUCCUAAGUCAUUGUCCGCAAUAUACAUGGCAUUGGACAAUGUAGGAAUGUGGAACAUAAGGUCUGAGAAUUGGUCAAGGAGAUUCUCUGAAAAUUCUCCUUCUUUAUCCAUGGAGCUAGGAAACAGCAAUAGCGAUAAAUCAUCAGAGUUUGCCAUAAGAGCGUUUGUUAAACCAAUAAUGCCAAGACUCCGAUGGACUGAUGAUCUUCAUCGCCGCUUUGUGCAUGCUGUUGAUCAUCUUGGUGGAGUUGAUCGAGCAACACCAAAGAUGGUGCUACAAAUAAUGGAUGUGAAGGGCCUUACUAUAUCUCACAUUAAGAGUCACCUUCAGAUGUACAGAAGCUUGAAACGUCAAGAGAUGCAAGAAGCUGCAAAUGGGAGAAAGAGAAACAGAAUUGAUGGUUCAGAUUCAAUGAAUAUUGCUCAGGGAAACCUUGUUCAUCGUUACAAUCAUAUCAAUGGCAAAGCCGCUGUGAUUGAUGGUUCCGAUCAAAUGAAUUUUCCACAGGGAAACCUUGUUAAUGGUUACAAUCAUAUCAAAGGCAAAGCUGCCAUGUUUGAUGGUUCUGAUCAAAUAAAUUUUCCUCGGGGAAACCUUGUUCAUUGUUACAAUCAUAACAAUGGCAAAGCCCCCAUAUUUAAUGGUUCCGAUCAAAUGAAUUUUCCACAGGGAAAUCUUGUUCAUCGUUACAAUCAUAACAAUGGCAAAUCUGUGUUUGAUGGUCAUCUUAAUCCGACUGUAACAACUAACUAUUUGGACAAAAUUGCUUCCAGCUCUACUGUUUUUCCUCCUCCAUGGAAACCUAUGCCAGAGAAGAAGAUGGGAUUGGAAGGACGAUGCUACAUGUUUAGGGAUUUCUUCGAUGGAACCAUUACUAUUCGAGAUGGAGAUGAUGAUAAUAAAAUCUUGCGAGCAUAUGGUAUUAGCAAUUUGCCAAAUAAGAGUGCAACUUCAAUGAUUGAAGAGGAAGACUCCCAUAGCACUAUGUCCUUGGAGCUAUCUCUCAGUUCAGAUAUCUCUCUUGACCUUACUCUUGGUUGAAAUCCUUUGGUCUCUUCCAUUUCCUCAAGGGAAAAAACAAAAAAAAAAGCUCUUUUAGUUAAUCCUUAUUAAGUAUAUGCUAAUACAAGAAACUUGUUUCUAUUUAAACUAACCUAGCUUAGCUAGGUUAAUUGAAACUUUGCAACUUAAUUAGAUUAAAGGUGCAACGAUAAUUUAUAAUGUAUAAGGGUAUAGUUUCAACUGAAAUAUAAGUUAAUCAACUUAUCUCUAAGUUUAAAAAGGUUAUA